UAUACGAUUCCACCACCCACUCACUCGACCCAGCCAACUCAACACAUAGCAUAUCAAUGCCUGCCUACUCCUCGGUCGUCUUCCUCCUCCUCGCCGCCUUCGUGGCCGGUGCUAGCGCGGCCACGUUCACCAUCACCAACAGGUGCAGCUUCACGGUGUGGCCGGCGGCGACCCCCGUGGGCGGGGGCGCGCAGCUCAACACGGGUGGGGCCUGGACCAUCACCGUGCCCGCCGGCACCCAGUCCGGCAGGGUGUGGGGCCGCACGGGGUGCUCCUUCAGCGGCGGGAGGGGGCGGUGCGCGACCGGCGACUGCGGCGGCGCCUUCUCCUGCACCCUCUCCGGGCAGCCUCCGAUGACGCUGGCCGAGUUCACCAUCGGCGGCGCCAUGGACUCGUACGACAUCUCGGUGAUCGACGGCUUCAACGUCGGCAUGGCCUUCUCCUGCAGCACCGGCGUGUGCCUGGUGUGCCGGGACGCCGGCUGCCCCGACGCGUACCACCAGCCCCCGGACAGGAAGACCCACACCUGCGCCGCCAACAGCAACUACCAGGUCACCUUCUGCCCGUGAUAGAUGAGGCACAGGCAGCAACACCUCAUAUAGUCGAACAAUAAACCAUGCUCGCUAGCUUUGCCAUGCAUGCACGAUCGAAGCUAGGCAUGAACAACCCCAACCAUCCAAUAAUCCAAGGGCGCACGCUUGUGUACUUAUCUUAUUAUAAACAAUAACGUGUGAUGCAUGUCUUUUUCCUACAAAUUAAGUACACAAAUAAAAGUUAGCUUACUA